AUGGAAACCAAAACUCGACAGGAGACUCCUCUACCUCCCCCCCCCCCCCCCCCCUCCCUCUUCCCCCAAUCAACCCAUUUCAAUAGAUCAGAGGUCGACACCACACGCGCAUUUCGAUCCGUUAAAGAAGCGGUCGCCAUUUUCGGCGAGCGCUUCUUAGCUUCCCAAAUCCACACCAGCAAACCAACACUCUCUAGUCCUUCUCCUUUGCUUUCGGGUAAAUACUCUAAUCCUUCUCCUCCUCUUCUCUUUCCUCCUCCUAGAGCCUCUUCCUCGUCCAGCAUUGAUGUUCCACCUAACACCUCGGAGAGUCCGUUGCUCGAAAAAUUCAUUGAGGAAUUGGAGGAGACAAAGCGCGAAGUUAAGGAGCUGAAAGCCAGAGAGACUGAGACAGAGAUAGUUGUGGCUUCUCUAAAUGCGGAGGUCCAUAAGAACAGCGCAAAACUGGCGGCUGCCGAGGCCACGGCCGCCGCCUUAGCGGCUAUGAAAGCCAAGGGAGUAGUGAGAGAAGAAGAAGAAAUAAAAAGUGAAGGAAAUAAAAACGAAUUGGUGUUGUUCAAACGUGCUCCCUCUCUAGCCCAAGUUUUGGGCAUGGGAGAGGAGACAAGCAGUGGAGAUGGGUAUAAACGCUUUACAAUUGGAAAUUCCUAUAAGAAGAAAAAGAAGAAGCAGCAACAAGAACAAAGGAAAAAGAAGCCCAUAAUUCCUUUGAUAACUGAAUUCUUUAGGAGAAGCAAGAAGGACCAUGUUGAGACCUGCACUUCUAAAUACAUUUCCUCUUACUAUAAUAACUCUAGUUUGUAUUAUUGCUAAGUCACACCUGUGGUAAUAAUUUAUACAAGUGUUCUAACGUGUAGACCCAGUACCUUGGCCCUAAGUUUUGGAUAUCAAUAUAUCCAACAAUCCUCCGUGUGCAGAAGCUCUAAACCCGACGGGUUGAUUUUUCGACGCACAACACUAAGGAGGGUGCUUAUUGCUUGUGGGCAUGGGUGUUAGAUUUGGCUGCGCAAUCACUAAAUAACCCAUUUAUAUGGGCAUCACCACGUUCUACUUACAUUCAUUGGAAAUCGACUCAAUUCAUGUACUCUUGGCUCCAUAUCAUGAGAAUUAGACUUGUUAACCCAUUGAGAGGACACUAAUUAGUUUAGAGAUUGUAUUCUAUGAGACCACAUUAAAAACCAUUCCAUACUGUAAUACUAUUGCUUUUUCGUAUAAUAAGGCCUCAAUUACUCCUGGCCCUCAAAUGUGAAAACAU